AUGCCCAUACCUAAAAGUCAAUUUUCCUCUUAUUAGUUAAGUGGACUUACACGAAUUUAACUUUUUUUUAUUGGGAUAAAUGUUAUUUGCAUUUUUGGUAUCUAAAAGUCAAGCAGGAUGAGAGAAAAAACACAAAACAGGGACGUAUCUAAAAGUCUUCCGAGUAGUCAUCGCCUCUUAUUUGAGAACGCGUCAAGGAGUGAGGAUAAUUUCGUAAUUUAAGAAGCCGCCCGUCGCCCCUUUUUUCCUUUCUCCGUCUGCAACUGCAAUCAUUGUCGUCCUCAGACUCAUCUCUUCCGUCUCCGUGAGAAAUUGUUUCUGCUUCGUCUCUCUGUGAAUAUUAUAUGGAUAAGAGAUGCAGAAUCGGUUCGUGGGAGCGUGUGAGUGUGAUUGCACAAGUUCUGUAUGUUCUUGUGAUUCCGUCGAUAUCUGAGCCGUCCGAUCGAUCCACGCCUUGGGUACCACCAUUCCUGCCCAAAUAACACCCACCGGAAAAGAUCAACACAAUCUGACAAGCUCUUGGCGACGGCAGAAGAUGUCACGGGGGAGGGGUAAAUCUGGUGGUUGGGCCGCCUUUGACCUGAAGCAGCGACAGAAACAAGGCCUUGAACCCGAUAUUCUCAACGAACCCUUCCCACCUCUGGUCCCCUGUCUCGCAAAUAAUAACAACGAUAACGACAAGCCUUCCUCCUCAUCUUUACUCCUCCCGUCUGUAGAUUUUCCAGCUUUGGCAGAUGAUCAGAAGCAUGGGAAAUACCAAAAACCGGCAAAAACACUAGUCGGUGAUUCUCGUGGAACGUCUAGCAAUAAGGAAAACGACCGCGUUUUAGCCGUUCCGAAGCUACAAGAGCUCCACCCUUGGGCGGACAAUAGCCUGCUUCAGGAUGUCCUGGCAGCAGCGGAUAAUAAUAUGGAUAGGGCCUCAACUUUGUUGAAGGCAAUGGUUGCCAAUUACGACGGCUUUGAAGACCACGGACCAACAAGCAAUGCAGAGAUGGAUUCUAGUUAUAGUGUUCCUUUGGGAAACACAAUGACUACGAGCCGGAGCCUCGCUGAUAUUGAGGACUCUCUCAAAUACAACGGCAAGGAAUUGGUUGACGAAAACGAUUGUUUUGGGGAAAAGCUUUCCGACGAGGCCAUUGACCAAAAAUUUAUUUUGGAGCGGUUGAAGUCCAUGCCCGUCGAACCCGAGUGGGAAGAGGAUGACUUAUACUUGAUCCAUAGAAAAGAUGCGUUGAAAACGAUGAGGUCAGCGUCCCAGCACUCAAGGGCGGCCACAAAUGCCUUUCAAAGAGAUGAUCAUGCAUCUGCCCAACACCACUCUCUCAAGGCUCGACAACACUGGUCGGCUGCUGAGAGGCUGAAUGCCAAGGCAGCCAAGGAAAUUCUUAGUAUCAGAAAUGGCGGCAACGAUUUGUGGAAAUUGGACUUGCAUGGUCUUCACGCAGCAGAAGCUAUUCAAGCCUUGCAAGAGCGUCUGCAGGAGAUUGAAACCCAAGUGCACCCAAAUCAUUCAUCAGUAUUUCCAAAAGGGGUCUCUGAGUCCUCUACUUUCACGGAUGCAGAAAAGUUAGAUAUACCAUCAAGAAGGCAGAGGCCAACGUCAUUACAGGUCAUAACAGGUGUAGGGAAUCAUAGCCGAGGACAUGCUGCAAUCCCAACAGCUGUGAGGAGUUACCUCAAUGAGAACAGAUAUCACUUUGACGAGUUGAGGCCUGGGGUGGUGACAGUUCGGCCCAAGUUCCGUCACCGGUGAUUGCUGCCAAUAUGGGAUUGUUCCCUUCCAUCCCAAAUUGAAGCGCAGUUUCUUCUUUAAAGGUUUUUCGUUCGUGCUAGUUUUGGACAAGUGCAAAGUGCUCUUUCCACAUAGAUCGAGUAAGACUUGGCUUCGCCAGAAGACAUGACUUGAAGAAAUUAUUUGCAUUUAAAGAAAUUUGAAUCUUAGACCUAAUAAAAAUGCUACCAAAAUCAAGGUCCUUAUCACUUGAACCAACCUUUUGAAAUUGUGUAUAUAUUAUUGGAAAUAGGAAUCUUGUUUUGUAUGAUUAA